AUUUGAUUCUCUGAACCACACCACACAGCUCAUAUCAGAAAACAAGAGAGAGAGAGAAAAAAAUAGACAAAUAGAGAGAGAGAAGUACGCUUUAUUACUUAUUACUAUUAUCAUACCAUAAUCAUAAACAGGUGGGUUCUCUUCUCUCAAGAAAAGAAUCAGGAGAGAGAGAAACACACACACACACAUCAAAAACCAGAAAAGUCUCUCCCUUUCUCUUCAUUUGAAAACCGACACUUCCAUCUCACCGAAUACAAUAGUUAUCUCUUCUGAUGUCUGUAAAUGCAUCAUUUUCACUUCAUUGUUUAAUGGGAGACAAGUGAGGCGGAGACUCACAAGAGAGGGCUUCUACGUUUCUCUUGAUUUCUCUUCAGUGGCGUGUGCUAAUGGGCCUUGCCCUGAAGAUAUUCUUUCUUCAUGCUAUCUCUCUAUUCUGAUUUUCCUUUUUCAAAGCCAAAUUGUCAAGGAUUCUAAUUUACUUGUGAGAUGGACACUAAAGGGAGGCUCGUGGCUGGCUCGCAUAACAGGAACGAGUUCGUACUCAUCAAUGCUGAUGAAAUUGGAAGAGUGACGUCGGUGAAGGAGCUAACAAGCCAGAUUUGCCAGAUUUGCGGCGACGACAUCGAGUUCAGCGUGGACGGCGAGCCAUUCGUGGCCUGCAACGAGUGCGCUUUCCCAGUUUGCAGACCUUGCUACGAGUACGAGCGGCGGGAAGGCAACCAGGCGUGCCCGCAGUGCAAGACCAGGUACAAGCGCAUCAAGGGCAGCCCGCGGGUCGACGGGGACGAGGACGAGGACGAGUUUGACGACCUCGAAAAUGAGUUCGAUUACGGUAACGGACACGACAAGCGAGAUCCACAUCAGUUUUCCGAAGCAGGCUAUUCCAAUCGAUUGGGACGUUCUGCUUCCGGUAUCACCAAUCAAUCGGAGUUGGAUCCUGUCAAUUCUGAAAUUCCUCUUCUUACUUAUGGCCAAGAGGUAGAAGAUAUNUUUAAGGAUGAUACGAUUUCAGCUGAUAAGCAUGCUCUAAUUAUCCCUCCUUUUGCGGGUCGUGGGAAACGGGUGCACCCGGUGCCGUAUACGGAUUCAUCCAUGACUUUGCCGCCAAGGCCGAUGGAUCCAAAGAAGGAUUUAGCAGUGUAUGGCUAUGGUACUGUUGCCUGGAAAGAUAGAAUGGAGGAAUGGAAAAGAAAGCAAAAUGAGAAGCUGCAAGUGGUUAAACAUCAAGGAGGCAAAUAUGGUGGAGAUGAGUUGGAUGACCCUGAUAUGCCCAAGAUGGAUGAAGGAAGACAACCACUUUCAAGGAAGCUACCGAUUCCUUCAAGCAAGAUCAAUCCUUACAGAAUGAUCAUUCUACUGCGGAUGGUAAUUGUUGGACUGUUCUUUCACUACAGAAUCCUUCAUCCGGUCAAUGAUGCAUAUGGUCUGUGGCUAACAUCGAUUAUAUGCGAGAUUUGGUUUGCUGUCUCCUGGAUAUUUGAUCAGUUUCCCAAGUGGUUCCCCAUCGUGCGAGAAACAUACCUGGACAGGCUUUCUCUAAGGUAUGAGAAGGACGGAAAGCCGUCCGAGCUGGCUUCGGUUGAUGUGUUUGUGAGUACUGUGGACCCCAUGAAAGAACCUCCUCUUAUUACGGCAAACACAGUUUUGUCUAUACUUGCAUGUGAUUACCCAGUUGACAAGGUUGCGUGCUAUGUGUCGGAUGAUGGUGCGGCCAUGCUUACAUUUGAAGCACUUUCCGAGACUUCUGAGUUCGCAAGGAAGUGGGUACCAUUUUGCAAGAAAUUUAGCAUUGAGCCUCGAGCACCUGAGUGGUACUUUGCUCAGAAGCUCGACUAUUUGAAAGACAAGGUGGAGCCGACAUUUGUCAGGGAACGUCGUGCAAUGAAGGUUCCAGAGGAGGGUUGGACCAUGCAAGACGGUACCCCAUGGCCUGGAAAUAGUGUCAGGGAUCAUCCUGGAAUGAUCCAGGUAUUCUUGGGGCAAAAUGGCGUUCGGGAUCUUGAAGGGAACGAGUUGCCUCGUCUAGUUUAUGUUUCUCGUGAAAAGAGGCCUGGAUUUGAUCACCACAAGAAAGCCGGUGCUAUGAAUGCUUUGAUUCGGGUUUCAGCUGUCAUAUCAAAUGCACCUUACCUACUGAACGUCGAUUGUGAUCACUACAUAAACAACAGCAAGGCCCUUAGAGAAGCUAUGUGUUUCAUGAUGGACCCUCAAGCAGGCAAGAAAAUAUGCUAUGUGCAAUUUCCACAGCGAUUUGAUGGCAUUGAUAGGCACGAUCGUUAUUCGAAUCGCAAUGUUGUGUUUUUCGAUAUAAAUAUGAAAGGGCUUGAUGGGAUCCAAGGGCCAAUUUACGUCGGAACAGGUUGUGUCUUUAGGCGGCAGGCACUUUAUGGAUAUGAUGCACCCAAGAAGACAAAACCUCCUGGCAAAACUUGCAACUGUUUGCCCAAAUGGUGUUGUUGCUGUUGUGGGUCGAGAAAGAAGAAUAGGAAAGGAAAAUCGAAGGAUAAUAAGUUGAAGGAUAAUAAGAAAAAGACCAAAGGAAGGGAAGCUUCUACACAGAUCCAUGCUCUUGAAAACAUCGAGGAAGGAGUUGAAGGAAUCGAAAGCGAAAAGUCAGCUCUCAUGCCCCAGGUAAAAUUCGAGAAAAAGUUUGGACAGUCGCCCGUUUUCAUUGCCUCAACCCUGCUAGAACAAGGUGGUGUACCUCCAGGGGCCACAUCUGCAUCACUUCUAAAAGAAGCUAUUCAUGUGAUUAGUUGCGGUUAUGAAGAUAAAACCGAAUGGGGAAAAGAGAUUGGAUGGAUUUAUGGCUCGGUUACUGAAGACAUCUUGACUGGGUUCAAAAUGCACUGCCACGGGUGGCGAUCAGUUUACUGCAUACCCAAAAGGCCCGCAUUCAAAGGAUCGGCCCCCAUUAAUCUUUCAGACCGUCUGCACCAAGUCCUUCGCUGGGCGUUGGGUUCUGUCGAGAUUUUCUUGAGCCGACACUGCCCCAUUUGGUAUGGAUAUGGAUGUGGUCUGAAGCCGCUCGAGAGAUUUUCUUACAUAAACUCAGUCAUCUACCCAUUGACUUCACUCCCGUUGAUCGUUUAUUGCACAUUGCCAGCUGUAUGCCUCCUUACUGGAAAAUUCAUUGUUCCUGAGAUCAGCAACUAUGCGAGUCUCGUUUUCAUGGGCCUCUUCAUAUCCAUUGCUGUGACGAGCAUACUCGAGAUGCAGUGGGGUGGAGUCGGGAUCGACGACUGGUGGAGAAACGAGCAGUUUUGGGUGAUUGGUGGGGUCUCGUCUCACUUUUUCGCACUUAUCCAAGGUCUGCUCAAAGUAUUGGCCGGUGUGAAUACGAAUUUCACGGUCACCUCAAAAGCGGCCGAUGACGGUGAAUUUUCCGAGCUUUACCUCUUCAAGUGGACGUCACUUUUGAUCCCACCCAUGACUCUUUUAGUCAUCAACGUUAUUGGGGUGGCAGUCGGGAUAUCUGAUGCAAUAAACAAUGGGUACGAGUCGUGGGGCCCGCUCUUCGGGCGGUUGUUCUUUGCGCUUUGGGUGAUUGUACAUUUGUACCCUUUCCUCAAGGGUUUUAUGGGAAAGCAGGAUAGGCUGCCGACGAUUAUAGUCGUUUGGUCGAUCCUUUUGGCCUCGAUAUUCUCGUUGCUUUGGGUUCGCAUAAACCCGUUCCUGUCGAGGGAUGGGCUUGUGUUGGAGGUUUGUGGGUUGGAUUGUGAUUAG